AUGGCACAAAGAGGUAGUAAGCCUGCUGCAUGUGCCAUGUACGGAAGGAACCAUUUAGGUGCUUGUCGUGAUGGCUCCACUGGUUAUUUCAAGUGUGGUCAAAAUGGGCAACUCAUGCCAGAGUGUCCAAAGAACCAUCAGGGAAAUAACAAGGCUGCACCUAGUGGAGCUAUUUCCGGUACUGGUGGAGGAACAAACCGCUUGAAUGCUCUCAACAAUCGCCAAGAGCAAGAGGAUUUGGUAGAUAUUGUCACUAGUAUGAUUCAAGUUUUUGACUUUACUGUUUUGCAAGACCCACGAGCGAGUUUAUCUUUUGUGACUCCAUGUGUUGCUAUGAGCUUUUAUAUUAUUCCUCAGAAACUUAGUAAACCAUUAUGUGUUUCUACACAUGUUGGAGUCGAUUCUAGCAUAAUGAGUCUAUCGUGA